CCCGUGGGCAGCGCCACCGCCGCCUCCGCCGCCGGCCAGUACCGGGUGUGCGGCAAUUGCCGGAAGGUGCCCAGACAGGAAAAAAGAGUACAAGUCUCCCCGCCAUUGACAAGAGGACCAAGUGCCUUUAUACCAGAGAACGAAGUUAUGCAAGCAAAUGGUUUGGAUGAACGUACUAAUCUUCUUGUGGAAGAAUACUCUACGUCUGGUCGCCUGGACAACAUCACGCAGGUCAUGAGUAUCCAUACUCAGUACCUGGAGUCUUUCCUCCGCAGCCAGUUCUAUAUGCUGCGCAUGGAUGGGCCCCUUCCUUUGCCGUAUAGGCACUACAUUGCUAUAAUGGCUGCUGCCAGACAUCAGUGUUCCUACCUAAUAAAUAUGCACGUUGAUGAGUUUUUGAAGACUGGUGGGAUUGCAGAGUGGUUGAAUGGUUUAGAAUACAUUCCUCAAAGACUGAAAAAUCUGAAUGAAAUAAACAAACUCCUUGCACACCGGCCCUGGCUAAUCACGAAAGAGCACAUUCAGAAACUUGUCAAGACUGGGGAAAAUAAUUGGUCUCUUCCUGAACUGGUGCAUGCUGUUGUCCUGUUGGCACAUUAUCAUGCCUUGGCAAGUUUUGUAUUUGGUAGUGGCAUUAAUCCAGAGAGAGAUCCGGAUACAUCUAAUGGAGUCAGACUUAUAGCAGUCAACAACUUCUGUGUCUGUGAUCUUGCCAAUGACAACAACAUAGAAAAUGCAUCCCUCACAAGUAGCAACUUUGGGAUUGCAGAUUCUUUAAGUGAGCUGGAGGCCUUAAUGGAAAGGAUGAAGAGGCUACAAGAAGAUAAAGAGGACGAAGAAGCCUCUCAGGAAGAAAUGGCAACUCGCUUUGAAAAGGAGAAGAAGGAGAGUCUGCUAGUAAUUAGUGGAGCAUUUGAUGAUGAAAUAGUUUCUACAGAUGUCUCCCGCUAUAUUGAAGAUCCUGGGUUUGGGUACAAAGACUUUGCAAGGCGAGGAGAAGACCAUCUGCCAACAUUCAGAGCUCAGGACUAUACUUGGGAAAAUCAUGGCUUUUCCCUUGUAAACAGGCUUUAUUCUGAUAUUGGGCAUCUCCUCGAUGAGAAGUUUCGGAUGGUAUAUAACCUCACGUAUAACACUAUGGCAACACAUGAAGAUGUUGAUACAACUACGCUAAGAAGAGCUUUAUUUAACUAUGUCCACUGUAUGUAUGGAAUCAGGUAUGAUGACUAUGAUUAUGGAGAAGUUAAUCAGUUACUUGAACGCAGCCUGAAGGUUUACAUAAAGACAGUGACCUGCUACCCAGAGAGAACUACCAAGCGCAUGUAUGAUAGUUACUGGCGUCAGUUCAAGCACUCGGAGAAGGUUCAUGUCAAUCUACUUCUAAUGGAAGCUCGUAUGCAAGCUGAACUUCUGUAUGCCCUUCGUGCCAUAACUCGUCACUUAACCUGAAGCAUUCACUGGGCAGGAGUAAAGGAGUUUUUACUGAGUAUGUAAAGACCUUUCAAAAUAGAUACACACCAGAAGCUGUUUGUGAUGUAGCAUCAGGUUAUUCAAUUCUCUAGUGUCAAAGUUUAGCCGUGCUUCUUGACGGCUGUAAUGUGCAAUGACGUGUUUUAUUUUCUUGAUGCUUAACAUUACUAAUGAUAACAAAAGUAACACUGAGGAGCACUACUCUGCAUUGUUUCCAGCUGGAUUUCUGCGCAGCGGUCAGGAUCCUGAAACUGUUUUUAUUAUAUCUAAUCCUAGCGCUUUGUUCUUUAAGCACCGGAGUGAAGUGCUUAGAGACUUCUUUUUCCAAGCAAUCAUUUUUCAGAUUAGUGGAGUCCAGCAGAAGAUCGGUUCUGCCUGUCCUGAGAACGUACCACCACGUCAUGACUCGUGACAGAGGCGCGCGGGCUGCGUUGCAUUGAAUUGCCCACUGGAUUCUUCUGUCUCCUGGAGACUGCUUGCCAGUCACUAUCUUACUACAGCAAUUGAAGGUGAUGCGAGAUGUGGAUGUAAACAUUGAGCACACUUUAAUGUGAAAUUAAUCAUGAUAAAUCCUACAGCAUGCUACUGAAGUGCAAAAUUCAUCUGCUUUGUCGUGCCCCUUCCCAAGAGAAGAGGCCUCAUGAUUUGCCAUUUCAGCCACACUUACUGUGUUUCAAUCAUGCAUAAUCUUGUUUUACUGACAGUCACCCUCAGUUGUCCUUACAAUAUCCAUGCUCAUCACAUGUUGCAGUUUGUUUAGUUGGCACCUAUAAAUUUAAUACACAGGCUGACCAAAAAUAGAGU